AAAUUAUUGUAACAUGUUUAAAGGCUAAGAGAGAGAGAGAGAGAGAGAAUGGUAUUGAAAAAGCCAUCAAGAUAUGAAAAGACUCUAAAUUGUGAGUGAAAAUAGAGCCAAAAACCAUGGCCAUUUCCAUGGAGUUUUGUUCUCAACUUCCAUGGAGUUUCAAUCCAAACCCACCACCAACUUUCAAUCUAUUUCUCUCCAUCACAAACCCUAGAUUCUCAUUUGUCAACAAGGUCAACAAAAGUCAACAACUUUGCCAUUCUUCUUCACUCUCAUCAUCUGAUCAACAACUUCAAGAACCAGUAGUAGAUGAUGAUGAUGAUGAUGAUGAUGGUGAUGAUGAUGACAGUAAAGGGCAAUUUGGUAAUUUGGUGAAAGAGUAUGGAUGGCAAGUGAGGAAAAUGGUUGAAAAGGAUGAGGAGAUGAGAAGUGUGGCCAAUAUUCAAGCUGAGGCUUUUCACCAACCACUCAUCUUCUUUAAUGAUGUCUUCUUUCAGUUCUUUCAGGCAGAGGUGCUCGCGGGACUCCUUUACAGGCUACGAAAUUCACCACCCGACAGAUAUGCAUGUUUGGUUGCGGAAACGAGCACAACCGAUGAUCAAGAAAAACAACAACUUGUAGGAGUUGUAGACGUUACAGUUUUUAGAGACGAAUCCGUUAUAAAACAUCUAUCAGAGGCAAAUGAAUAUCUUUACGUGUCGGGAAUAGCAGUCUUACGUAAUUUCAGACGGAAAAAGGUCGCGAGUGUGUUGCUCAAGGCAUGUGAAAUGUUGGCACUUCUUUGGGGGUACAAGUAUCUUGUGUUGAGAGCUUACGAAGACGAUAUGGGUGCUCGAAAACUGUAUACGAAUGCAGGGUACAGGAUUGUGUCAGGAGAUCCUGUAUGGAACACGAGUUGGAUAGGUAGGAGACGUCGAAUUCUUAUGCUCAAACAAUGUGACAUGUCGUACAAAUGAUCUUUCCACAACAAUUUAUAAGACAUCAGAUACUGUAAAUUAUCAAUUUUUUUCUUGUA